AUUGACGUGUGGAGUGUAGGCAAUAUUUUAUGAAGUAUGAUUGAUGGUUGAGAAUACAUUAUAUGAAAAAAGAAUAGUUAAGAGGGGUAUGGUGCUAUGGUGGACAAUCAUACUAAAAAAUGGCUUUCUAGUUUCUGAUGUCUCCCCGGCACUGAAAUCUUUACAGCUGAAUCAUAAUGGCAUGCGUAAUGCUUUUAUUAUAAAGUAGGGUGAUAAAAUAUAGAAAAUUGGAAUGAUAAUUGUGUGAUUAUAGAUGGUCGGGAUAUAAAAAGGUGUUAAUGCACGACACGCCAAUCUUCUUCGUUUAGCUAACGACUUGCUGAGGUUUGACCGGCACUGAGAUUUUAAUAUAUUGCCACCCCAGCUGAUGUAGGCGCCGAAUAAACGAUUUACAUCUACUUUGUCCACCAAUUAGGAACAAGUUGGUGGAGAGAGAUAGUCAACGCUAACGUAAAACACAGAAGGAGAAUUGGAGAAAAGACAUAGAGAUAACCAGAAUAGACCAUUUCCAGCCUCAACAAUACACCCCUUCGUCAAACACUUCACUUGUUUUUGCUCUUCGUUCCAUCAAAACCCUGCAUGGGGUCCUUCUUAUUCAUCCCUACUAUUUUCUUACUUUUUGUUCUCCUUGUUCUCGUCUCCGGUGGAUCUUUCUCAGAGUUCAUAUACCCGAAUUUCUCAGCUUCACACUUUCAAUUCGUUGACAACAAAGGCGGUGCCUUCUUGUCCUCUCGAAAUGGAACAUUUAAAGCUGCUAUUGUCAAUCCUGGUGCUGAACAACCCAACUUCUACUUGUGCAUCAUCCAUGUGGCAUCCAACACCGUCAUCUGGACUGCUAAUCGUAAUGCUUCCAUAUCAGCUUCUGGUGAGAUGAAUCUAACGGCCAAAGGUGUUAGCAUUUCAGAUGAGGAUGGUACUCCCGUAUGGUCAACUCCAUCAUUGAAGUCACCAGUUUCUGCAUUACUGCUGAAUGAAAUGGGUAAUCUUAUCCUUCUUGAUCAAUUCAAUGGUUCCCUUUGGGAAAGUUUUCACUAUCCAACCGACACGAUUGUGAUUGGACAACACUUACCAGUUGGGUCAUUUCUGUCCAGUACUCGAUCAAAUUUUUCAAUUGGUGAUUACAGGCUCAUAAUAAGUGAUUCUGAUGCGUUACUUCAAUGGCUUGGACAGACAUAUUGGAAAUUGUCAAUGGAUACAAACGCUUAUACAAACUCGAAUUAUAUAGUGGAAUAUAUGUCCAUUGACAGAACAGGUCUUCAUCUGCUUGGUCGUAAUGGAACAGUGGUCGUGAUUCAGGUGCUCUUGUCAUCUUCUGACUUGCGAAUUGCCAAGUUGGAGUCCUCUGGCCAAUUUACUGUCAAAAGUUUAUCUGGUACUGACUGGACGCAAGAAUUCGGUGGGCCAGCUGAUGAUUGUCAAAUUCCAUUAGUUUGUGGCAGAAUUGGUUUGUGUACUGCAUCCACCAGCCAUACUUGUUCAUGCCCCGCAAACUUCCAUGCAGGUUCAGAAGAUACUGGUGAUUGUGUGCCAAGUGGUUCUUUUUCUUUGCCGUUUUCUUGCAACUCAACCAUUAAUGGUAGUCAGUUGAAUUCACCAGCCAUUUCAUAUAUCGGGCUUGACUACGGUAUGGAUUAUUUUGCCAAUGUUUUCUCUGAGCCUGUAAAAUAUGGUGUUAAUUUGUCAACCUGUCAAGCUCUAUGCUCAAGUGACUGCACUUGCUUGGGAAUUUUUUAUGAAAAUUCAACUGGUUCUUGCUAUACACUUAAAGAUGAGUUGGGUUCCAUUUUUGUGAGUAAUACAGCCAAAAAUGACCUGUUGGGCUACAUCAAAGCUCUUGUUGGAUCUUCUCCAUCAAACUUCGGUGAUAAUAAUCAAAGCAAAAACUUUCCUGUAGCUGCUCUGGUGCUUUUGCCGUUCAGUGGGUUCUUUCUGUUGGUAGCUCUAGGUUUCCUCUUGUGGGGAAGACGGAGACAGUCAAAGAAAAAAGAGAUAAAAUUAGGGCAUUUUGGCUCACUUUCUUCAGGGGAGAUGGAUGCCUUCUAUAUCCCAGGUUUACCUAAGAGGUUUGAUUAUGAAGAACUUGAAGUGGCUACAGAUGAUUUCAAGACCCUGAUUGGGUCAGGUGGGUUUGGUGCUGUGUAUAAGGGUGUUCUACCUGAUAAAACUGUUGUAGCUGUAAAAAGGAUAAUAAAUUUAGGUGUUCAAGGGAAAAAAGAUUUUUGCAGUGAGAUUGCAGUAAUUGGUAAUAUUCACCAUGCCAAUUUGGUCAAAUUGAAAGGUUUUUGCGCCCAAGGGAGACAACGCCUUUUGGUUUAUGAGUAUAUGAAUCGUGGGUCACUUGACCGGAGUCUUUUUGGUAGUGGACCAGUAUUAGAAUGGCAAGAGAGGCUUGAUAUAGCACUAGGGACAGCCCGUGGGCUUGCAUACCUGCACAGUGGGUGUGAGCAGAAGAUAAUCCAUUGUGAUGUGAAGCCAGAGAACAUUCUCUUACACGACCGCUUUCAAGCAAAGAUCUCCGAUUUUGGCCUUUCGAAGCUUCUAACUACUGAACAGUCUAGUCUAUUUACAACUAUGAGAGGCACACGUGGCUAUCUCGCCCCAGAAUGGCUAACUAACUCCGCAAUCUCAGAAAAAACUGACGUCUAUAGUUUUGGAAUGGUACUACUUGAACUUGUGAGUGGAAGGAAAAAUACGUUACGACUGCAAAGCCAUAGUCUGAAUAACAGUAGCAGCGGUGGGGGUCAGUCAUCAUCGUCAUCUGGGUCAGCACUUGUUUAUUUUCCUCUAUUUGCUCUAGAGAUGCAUGAGCAGGGGAGGUACUUGGAGCUUGCUGACUGGAGAUUGGAGGGACGGGUGACAAGUGAAGAGGUGGAGAAAUUUGUACGUGUCGCGUUGUGUUGCGUUCAUGAGGAACCAGCACUUAGGCCAAAUAUGAAUACUAUUGUUGGCAUGCUGGAAGGUGGGAUCCCUUUGGGUCAGCCAAAUUUGCAAUCAUUGAAUUUCUUGCGCUUUAUUGGGCGUGGAUUUACUGAGGCUUCUAUGAUAGAAGAGGGAACUGAGCAAAUUGAUCGUGUGUUGUAUCCAGAGGCGAGUGCUUCUCCUACAACAACAACCAUGGACUCGCGUUAUUACUUCUCUUACGUCUCUUCACAGCAAGUUUCAGGCCCAAGAUAGUGUUGAGUAGUUGAGCAGCUUGUGUAUAGUUAAUCGUGAUGAGAAUUAAAUCUGGUGAAAAAUACUUUCCUUAAAAAUGAACGCACACUCUCAAGAAAAAUGGUUGAGAUGGUGAUGUCACUAGCAUUGGAGAAGACAAUGUUAAAAGGGGAAAUAUUGAGCUGCUAUAUGAGUAAGUUGUGGUAUGCUAGGUACAAGUGAUUCUGCAGAUAUCUUCAGAUAACCAGUUACAGAGAUCUUUCUUUCCUCUCUUGAGAGAAUGAAGUUGCAAGUGUUUGCACUUUCAAAUAUUUUCUCUUCAUGUAGUUGGAGAUUUUUUCAGUCGAAGGAGACUAAAGAUAUACUGGGGACAUGGAAUUUAUGGGGUUGAAUCAGCCUCAACAUUCUAUUUUGGGAAGCAUCCAUCUUGUCUAAGUUUGGGGGAGUCUGCAAUGCUUGCUGGGCUAAUACCUGCCCCAGAACUUCGAUCGCCGCUCAGGGAUCCUUCCAGAGUAAAAACCUUCCAAGCCAGAGUUUUGAAGAGGAUGGUGGACGUAGGCUUUCUUGAUUUUGAAACAGCACUUUUUGUCGUGAAACAGUAUCUUCCUCUGCAUGUUACUGAGUCAGAAGCACCUUUUGUCUUUCUCCCGGGAGUAGGUACAAACUCCAAAUUCAGGGACAUAUGGGACUGGGAAACAGAGAGCAAAAUCUGGGAAGCAUACGAGGAUAUGGAAAGAUGGGCCCUCAAGGUCCGGGACGGAGCCUCAGCAAAACGUUCUUGUUCUCAAGAUUAAUUGUGAGUGAUCCUACCAUUAAACUGGUUCUUCUGGUCCCUCUUGAAGCUUUGUUGCACAGAUUUUACCGUAUACAUCGUGUUACAACUAUGAAUAGCUCACCAUUGUGGCUGAGUCCUUAUAUUGUAUUUAGUUGGCUUAGUCCAAAUUUCCUUUUGGUAAUUCAGUUAGUAAAAGGGUGCUGACAUCAGAGUCACACCUUUUGGCUUUAUGGGUUGUAUUUAAAUGAUUUCCUUGGAAAUGAUUGGCAACCAGAAUCAGAUAUUUCUCUACCAUUUCUUACUUUAUU